CUUUUGGACAGAGAUACAUUUUCUAAAUCUGAUCCAAUCUGUGUUUUGUACACACAAGCAAUUGGAAACAAGGAAUGGAGAGAGUUUGGAAGAACAGAAGUAAUUGAUAAUACUUUAAAUCCAGAUUUUGUAAGAAAAUUUAUAAUGGACUACUUCUUUGAAGAAAGAGAGAAUCUGCGAUUUGAUUUCUAUGACGUUGACUCAAAGAGUCCUAACCUAUCAAAACAUGAUUUUUUGGGACAGAUGUUUUGUACACUGGGAGAAAUAGUGGGAUCACAGGGGAGCAGACUGGAAAAAUCAAUUGUAGGAAUUCCUGGGAAGAAGUGUGGAACGGUCAUAGUAACAGCAGAGGAACUAGGAUGUUGCAGAGAUUCAGUUCUAAUGCAAUUUUGUGCAAACAAGCUAGACAAGAAAGACUUCUUUGGGAAAUCUGAUCCUUUCCUUGUAUUUCAUCGAAGCAAUGAAGAUGGCAGUUUUACAAUCUGCCACAAAACAGAAGUUGUGAAAAAUACAUUAAAUCCAGUGUGGCAGGCAUUCAAGAUUUCUGUCAGAGCACUGUGUAAUGGAGACUAUGACCGGACAAUUAAAGUAGAAGUGUAUGACUGGGAUAGAGAUGGAAGCCAUGAUUUCAUUGGAGAAUUCACAACAAGUUACAGAGAGUUGUCGAGAGGGCAAUCUCAGUUCAAUGUUUAUGAGGUAAUAAAUCCAAAGAAAAAAGGAAAAAAGAAAAAGUAUGUUAAUUCUGGAACAGUAACAUUGCUUUCCUUCCUAAUUGAAACAGAAGUUUCAUUCCUUGACUAUAUUAAAGGCGGAACCCAAAUCAAUUUCACAGUCGCUAUUGAUUUCACAGCCUCCAAUGGUAACCCUUCACAGCCAACUUCACUGCACUACAUGAAUCCCUAUCAGCUGAAUGCUUACGGCAUGGCACUAAGAGCUGUUGGUGAAAUAAUUCAGGACUAUGAUAGUGAUAAAAUGUUCCCAGCUCUAGGUUUUGGGGCUAGAUUGCCUCCAGAUGGAAGAGUAUCACAUGAAUUUGCACUGAAUGGAAACCCUCAAAAUCCAUACUGCCAUGGAAUUGAUGGUGUAAUGGAGGCAUACUACAGGAGUUUAAAAUCUGUACAGCUUUAUGGACCAACAAACUUUGCUCCUGUAAUUAAUCAUGUAGCCAGGUAUGCUGCUUCAGUAAAAGAUGGCUCCCAGUAUUUUGUUCUUCUGAUUGUUACAGAUGGAGUUAUAUCUGAUAUGGCUCAGACAAAAGAAUCCAUAGUGAAUGCUUCAAAGCUUCCAAUGUCCAUAAUUAUAGUGGGAGUAGGACCAGCAGAGUUUGAUGCUAUGGAAGAACUGGAUGGGGAUGUAGUGAGGAUUUCUUCAAGAGGAAGGUUUGCAGAAAGAGACAUUGUGCAGUUUGUGCCAUUCCGAGAUUACAUUGACAGAAGUGGAAACCAUGUGUUAAGCAUGGCAAGACUUGCUAAAGAUGUAUUAGCUGAAAUCCCAGAGCAGUUUCUGUCCUACAUGAGAGUCAGAGGAAUAAAGCCAUCACCUGCACCACCACCCUACACACCCCCGAUUCACGUGUUGCAGACUCAGAUAUGACUGCUCUGAACUGUUGGGCAUUUAUCACAGAUCUCUGGAUGCAACAGUAGCUUCUGAUAACUUCUUGGAGCUAGAAGAGUUCUCAUCACAUACCAAAAUUCUCCUAUAGUUGCAUAAGCAACUGGAAAGCUUUUAAAUGCUAGGAGCAAAAUGUUGAUGUUCUGAGACUUUUUUUUUUUAAUCCAAACACCCUAUUUUUUUGAUGUACUUCUUGGAGGCGGAAAGCACAAGUCAGGUUUUCAACUCAGAAGGUUGGGUCCUCUCUGAACGCUGUGUGUAAAUAAAUGUAUAGGAAUGCUAUUACUCUGUAUCAAUGUUUACAUGUUACUAUUUUUAAAUUUCAGUACUUUUAUAACUAUUCUUAAGAAUAAAAAUUUGGAAUAUUGACUCACAUGUCUUCUAGCUUGCAAUAGUUUGUCACAAGAUAACAAGAGAAGCAAUAUCUCUUUGAAUGUUUGUCCAGACAAAUACAAAUGAAAGCUAUGAAAAGGACAAAUAUUUCUAUGUGUUUUAAAGUAACUGAAGUGCUUCAAGUAAUCCAUUCAUUUCAUGUAUUGAAGAUUUAAACUCCUAACUCCUAAGUGCAAAUAACAUAAUUGCAUAUUACUUACAACUAACUCCAGACUCUGAGGGGGAGGUAUGUGUAUUUUUUCAGAGAUUCUCCAAUUUCUAAUUUAUCUAAGUUUACAGUUUUUUAAACUAGCUACUGAAACAAAUCAGAAUAGUUACUUGCUAUAAUUAAUUAAAGAAAAUUACCUCAAUCCAGAACUAUCAUAGUGUUAUAGUUGACUCGCUGAGCUCGUUAAUCAUAUCAUGCAUUCCUUAAAGCACUGGAAAUUUUGCUUUAGAAAUGUCUUUAGAAAUGUCUUGAAGUGAAGAUUACAUCAGAUGUUUUAUAAUGGACCAUUUUUAACUUUAAAAAUUUAAAAUCCUAAUUUUCUUUUUGUCUAGAUUGCCCAUUCAAAGGGAUGCUGACUCUUAAUAUUUGGUCUUAAUAUUGUCAUUUAAUCACAUUUCCAUUCAGGGUGCAUGAAUAAUAAAGUUAAUUAACUGGUUUAAAAAUUGCACAACUAUGUUGCUUUGUGCAAAAUUUUGUGUACGGAACUACCCAAAAAAUUUAUUAUAUGCCUGUUCGUAUAUAAUUAUAAAAUGGUUUUGCAUGUAUAUUUUGUACAAAAUACACAGUUUUGUGAGUUUGUGUCAGAUACAUUUUAUUUAGAACUAAUGGCCUUAAAUUUCACAAAACUCCUGAAAUGAUUGUGAAUUGCCUUCAAAUACUGUUUAAACAGAACAUUUUAAUUUUUUUGUGUCACAAUUGUAAUUGUCUUGUAUAUGUAACCUUUUUCUUUGCAUAUAACCUGUUUACUAAUUCUGUUUCUUACUACUGUAUGUUGUAAUGUACAGUAUAAAACUAAGGUGCAUUUUUUAAGCAUGAGAAGUUUUUUGCCAGAAAUGAUAUCUUCAAUAUUAAUGGUAUAUAACUAUGUAAAUGCAGAAUCUUCCAUUUUUAAAUAUAUUUAACUUCCUUUAACUGUUUCAUGUGAGAAAUUAUGUU